CACGCGAGCAGCCUUCUGCAUCAUCCAACCUCUCCAGCAUUUUACACCUGCAUCUCUCCAUGGAAUUAUCAUCAUACCUAAGAUGAAGCACCUAUCCUACAGCUUCAUCUGCUCAACUUCAUCAUGCCGCCCAAUCAACCCCCGCCUCAGGAAUACGCCCGCGUCCUUCUAAUCAUCAUCCUCCUCUUCUUCCUCUACACCUCUCCCGACCAGAAUGUCCCACCCGGCUUCCCCUCUCCUCACGACUACGCCGCCGAACGUGCCGCUCGCGCCCGUCAUUCCCUCGACAUCUUAAACUCCUCUCGGUGGCAAGACUUCUCUCCAAAAGGACCGACGACUCCGCGAGGUGAAGCAAGUCGGUACCUGAACCUCACAGGGUUUAGAGAGGAGGAUGAUUAUGCCUGGGACAGACUUUCUGCGUUCCAGAAGCGCAGUAGAGAGUUCAGCGUUGAGGCGAGAGGAGAGGGAGAUGGGACGGGCAAUGGAUUGACGGGCGAAGUGUUCGAGAACGUAACGGGCGUGGUGGUGGGGAAGUGGGUGCGGUAUACAGAUGAUUUGAAUGGGGAGCAGAGGCAGAGGAAUCUGAAUCUUACGGAGAUCGCGCCGGGGAUUGAUUGGGCCUUUAGGGAUGAGGAGUAUUGGACGAGGAAUAUUACGGGGAAUGAGGGGAGGUUGCAGAUUAGGAUUGAUGAGAGAAAUGUCGAGGGUAUGUCCUUUGAUGUUAUGGACAAGGACGUUGGGAGUGCAGAGAAGAGACCAUCGAGUUGGUAUACGGAUUAUGCGAGAGAGGUAGAAGCUUCUCUCAUUGUGCAGGAUGAGACGAGUAGCGGUGAUGGGUGGGAUAUGAAAGUCCAUGGCGUGCAUUGGCCGAGGAAUGGUGUUAUGAUUAUGACUACUACGAGCGAGAAGUUUGCUGGUAUCUUCGGACUCCCGCAUUUAACUCCAGAUUUGGAUCAUUAUAUAACGAGUCAGAAGGUUUUAAACAAGACUUUGGAGGAUGUCGUCGAGGGUAUGGAGAGAAUAACCUGGGGAGAUAAUGGCAAUCCGUGGACUGCGACGCCAAACAAUCAAGGGGAUGCAACUAUGCCAGCUCCUCAUUGCGAGUUUGUGCUAUAUGCCCAAGUAUAUCCUGUGGACUCAGACCAUGCUAUUGAUGCUGGGGGUCUCACGAUGACCACUGUGGUACACGACAUGGAGCAGGAGCUUCGCUUCCCAAAUGGCGCCCCUAUUCCACACAUUCCUGACAUGCAGGUAUCAGCAGUUAUAUUUUCACCUGACUGUGGAUUCGUUUUGGAAUCGAAAGGGCCGCCGUCGUUCCCCCAGACUGCUGGAAAGCAUCUUACUGGUAAGAAGCAGGAAGUAUGGCUUCAUGAUAUCCAGUACUGGCUGCAUAUCUUUGCUCUUGUGAUAUUUGGGCACAUACUGCUCAUGAAGAUCCAGUCGAAGGAAGCUUCGACACCUUCUACCGUCGGACGAGUCAGCUUAUACACAAUAGGCAUGAUGCUUAUGGCAGAUGCACUCCUAUUCUCUAGCAUGUCGCUUCUAAGUGCGACAGUUACGACCUUCUUCCCAUCUGCUAUUUUAACAUCGUUCGCUGCCUUGAUGUCAGUAGCUCUCGGAGUAAGGUUCAUAUCAGUGGUAUACAAUGUUCAAGAGCCGGAAAGACUUGAGCGGCAACGGGUUCGACAAGCUGCGGAAGCAAAUAAUGCUGCUGCAAGAGUAGCUCCGAACCCGACUCCAGCUCCUGUUCCAAUCAUCACAGCAGCAGGUGCAGAUGUGCCUCCAGUACAGGCUCCAGUACAAGCCAACUUGAAUCUAGCGCCUAUAAUCAUCCCCUCAGAUCAGGAUAUCGACGCUGAAAUCGCAGAGAAUGCCGCCGCCCCAGCUCCUACACUUCCAACAACCAACGCUCCAGCAGGAAUGCAAGUACCUCCACGCAAUAAUAGUUUCGGUGCCGUCUACAUGAAGUUCGUACUCACCUUGACCGUUAUCCUCUUCACUUCACUCUCCGCCAUGUCCUGGCCCGUCGGUAUCCGCAAUGUGUACAUACAUAUCCUCAGUUUCGUCUAUCUUUCUUUCUGGAUACCGCAAAUCAGACGGAACAUCAUGCGUAAUUGCCGCAAAGCUCUGCUCUGGAAGUUCAUAAUUGGACAAUCCGUCUUACGCUUAUUGCCUUUUGCGUACUUUUACCUCAGGGAAGAUAACGUUAUGUUUUCGAACACAGACUGGAAAGCAUUCUCUGUGUUAGCAGGUUGGGUAUGGAUCCAAAUCUGGAUAUUGGUUGCACAAGAAGUGCUCGGUCCUAGGUGGGGUCUACCAAAGGGCUGGACGGAAGAAGGAUGGGAUUACCACCCAAUCCUCCGAGAAGACAACGUCGAAGCAGGAGGUCUCCCGAUCGGACUUGUUCAGAUCCCCUCUUCUCCAACACUAGACAGAAUUAACACAGGCGACGAGCAAGGAAGCAGGAAGAAGAAAGACGGCAGCGUAAGAUCUGUCGAUUGUGCUAUCUGCAUGCAAGUUCUCGAAGUUCCAGUUGUCGCAGCAGGCGAGGAUGCGACUGGUAGUGGAGCGGCGGGGGGUGUGGCCGGUAUGCUGGCUCGGAGACAAUAUAUGGUUACGCCUUGUAGACAUGUCUUUCAUAGUGCGUGUUUGGAGGGCUGGAUGAGGUUUCGGUUGCAGUGUCCAAUUUGUAGAGAGAAUCUGCCGCCGUUGUAAGAUGGGUGAUGCUUGCAUUGGGUAGCGAUGGCGUUUGGGGGAUAAUGAAUACUUCAUGAUGCCUGUUUAUCAUUCACUUUCUUGGCGGUGUCUCGCAGCUCGAAGUUGGGUUCUUGUUCGAAGUAUCAGAAACUGC